CUCUUCAAAUUCCGUCCCGAAGUGACGGAUGAGCACAAGCAGAAGUUUGUGACAGAACUCAAGAAGCUGAAGUCGUUACCAUGUGUCAAGGAGCAGCGACUAGUGGUCGGGGGAGCAUCAAUAACCGACCCUAUCGAGCGUAGCAAGGGAUUCGAGUUUGCUCUUCUGAGCUUCCACGAAGACAGAGCCGCGCUUGCGGAAUAUCAGAGGUCCGACGAACAUCAUCGUGUCACGAGCACAUAUAUGUUUCCUUACAAGGAGGAUUUGAUGAGAUAUGACUUUGAGGUUGAUGAAGCAGAUGAAUAUCUUCUAGGAUUCUUGCCUCUGGUCGCGGCGAAGACAGACGGCAAUGGCGUUGGAAAUCAAGCACGAGCGCGGUACAUACAACAUCUUGAGCAUCGCGUCCGUUGGCUCGAGGAUAUCAUUAGAUCCAGAUGUCCUGAUGUUGAUCUAGCGAAUGAGAUCGAUAUAGAGAACGCCGAUAAUGUCAAUGAUGCCUCAAGCUCGAUGUUUAGCACUGCAUCGGCUCUUACACCGGGCAACCAGCAAGAACCCUCAAUGGAUACAGAAGUCCCAGAUGUUGUUCACGAUGCAGCAAUGAUCAACACCGAGACAGGUGCAAGUGAUACCGAAACUCCUACGAACGAUCCACAACAUGCAGACUCGAGCCUGGCCCAUCAGAUUGGCCUUGUAUCACUUCCGAAUGGCGAUGAUCCACGCUACAUCGGGCCAUCGAGUGGCCACUUNUUUACCCAGCUUGUUUGCACAGCUAGUGCAUUGACUAAAGCUACAAACCCGACUCGCGUCAAUCUGGGCAACGCUACCUUGCAGCGAGAUACUGCUCUUACAGAGAAGCUGCUCCGCGAUAUCCAGACUCCGCUUCCCUCAAGCAAAGACUUGACGCAGGAGCUGACUCUGACUUACUUCAGGACUAUUCACCAACAUCUUCCGUUCUUGCAUGAGCCAGCGCAUAUGAGUCUGAUAGAAGAGAUGUACGCUUCCGAUGAACCUGAUCCUGUCGUCGCUUUUCAAGUCUAUAUGGUGCUUGCAAUCUCUUCCAUCAUGCUGUCGCGCCGAGACAAAGUUUUGCUGCCCAGCGAAGGUUGGGCCGCCAUGGCUAUGUUGUUCUUCGAGAAAAAGCCGCUCGAGAGCUCGACUCGAGGGCUGCAGUGCCUGUUGCUGCUGCAUGUCUGGGGUAUGCACAGUCCAACAACAAAAUUGAACAUUUGGUAUCUCAACUACCAAUGUAUCGCGAUGGUUGUAGACCUUGGUCUACAAAGAGAUGUUACUUCGGCCUUGUCAAUCUCACCGUUCGAUCAGGAGAUGCGAACCAGGCUUUUCUGGGUUGUAUACAGUUUGGACAGAUCUCUUUGUACAAUGAUGGGCCGACCGAUAGGUCUGAGAGACGAGGCAUGUGAUCUAAGGCUUCCUGCAGAUAUUGACGACAAGAAUCUGCAACAGACAAAUGUCAGAUCAAGAACACAAGGAGAACCUCCGAGUCACAUGAGUCAUGCUAUACACCUGUUCAAGCUUGCCAGGCUCAAUUCGGAGAUGAAGUAUAUCCUUCACAGUAUUUCGCGAGAUACUCCAGCUUAUGCUUACCCAGCAGUUCGCUGCAUGAAGACCUGGCAAAGAGAUAUGGUAGAUCGUCUCGACCAGUGGGCUGCUGAUAUACCACAAAGCACGGGUCCUAAAGACUAUGUGGUAAAGCUCUGUCACAUCCGCUGUCAUGUUUUGAAGACACUUCUUCUCCGACCUAGUCCUGGCAUACCACAACCGACCUCGAAUGAUUUGCAAGCGUGUUACGCAAGUGCCAUAGCAGCUAUCAAGCUCUACCAUGAGUUAUACGUCGAGAACUCGCUGGUGUUUAGCUGGGCAUCUUAUCAUUCAAUAAUGAUGAGCUCGGUCACGGCGUUCUUCUGUAUCUGGACUUGUCAGUCCGUUGCACAAGGAGCCGUGGUUGAUGAGCUCGUCUCCGACCUACGCGCAGCAUCAAACAUCCUUAGCGCUACGGGUGAGCACUGGCCAGGAGCCAAACGCAGUCGCGACAUUCUGGAUGAGUUGUCACACCGCACCAUCAGCUGGAUGAUGGACUCCAAGAGCCGUAAUAAUCAUGGGCGCAUGAACAUAAGUACGGCACUUGAUUCCGGUUCGGGAGACUCCAAUGGAGCUUUCGUCAACAACCAGUCCGAAGCUGGCAUUACGGCAGGACAGAUGCAAGCUCAUGAGCUUGAAGCUCUGAUGCAACAGUACAGUAGGAACUGGACACCGGGACUAGAUUUCCUUCCGUCAUCUUUUGACCAGAUGUCAGAUCCCAACACAGGUCUUUGGACAGGAGACAUGAACACCGAUACGUUUCUCCAGGAUCUCUUUGACGGACGGGCCCCUAUGUCAUUCUAG